AAAGAUGGCUUCCGUUUUCUUAGUAAAAUUCUAUUGACUAAAUUAAUAUUUACCGUUUAGAAUUUUAAAAGUCAUUUUCUAUUUAUUUAGGUGAUAUCCUCUGCAAAAAAAAAAAAAAAAUAAAAAACUUAAACAAAGACUUUUGAUGUUUAUGAUAUAACUUUAUUAUUAUAUAUAUCUUCGGAGGUUGCUCGUAAAUUUAUUCUUAUACUUUUUUUAUUUGGUGUUCUCUCGUACUAACAAAGCUGAGGCCACUGGCUGAAGGAGGGAGACGCCCCCGCGCUCUUCACUUUGGCGGGAGGAUGAGCGAAAUAUGGAUUCAGUGCUUCUCCUGCUGUAUAACUGAUGACCCACCUCCUAAACGGAGGCAUAGAAUUGAUAGAUCUAUGAUAGGUAGUCCAACAAAUUUCAGGCAUACUGCUCAUGUUGGAUCUGGAGAUAUGAAUGUCCAUCUGAAUUCCUUGCAACAUCAGAUGGCAUCAAAAGGUGGUUAUGAAUAUGCAAUUCCUGUAAAUGUUCAAAUACCUGUUGUGGAUGUAAAGAAUUAAGGUGGUGUGAUGGCUUCACCUGCUGCUGUAAAUAUCUGAAGGACCAUCCAGCCUAUAGAGGUCUCUCAUACUUAAAAGCCAUUCUGAAUCCUAGCCUUGUGUUGCUAUCAUCUGCGUCCUAAGAAGCUCGUCUCUGUAGUAAAUUGUGAUUGUGCAUUAUAUUCAUUACAAAAAAGUUUUACUUAAUUGCGUUGGUUUGAGUGUAUUACAAGAAUUCCGAUCUUUCUGCAUAUACUGGUUCUGGAUUUUACUAUUAUUUCUGAAACUCUUCAUGUUUUACAUUGCUUUUAAAAAAAUAAAAAUCAUUUGUACUUAGAGGAAAGACUAAGAGUAUUAUAUAUAUAGUACAGUUUUUCUAUUAGACAUUUUAUUUGCUGCUGUUUUCUAGUUAAAAAAAAUAAUAUGUUCUCUUUAAAUUCCUGUUUAGAAGUUUGAUGUGCCAUUUGUUGGUUAAUUAUAUUCUCUAUUGAUAUAUGAAGAUUAGUUCAUUUCAGAUUUAUGUUUUCUAUGCUGUAAUUAAUUUGAAAUGAAAUCAUUUUUAUGUUAAUGUCUCUUUUGAUUUGAAAAUUGCACUUUAUGCUACCAUAAUGACUUCAAAUUUUAUCACCUCAAUUUGUGAUGCACUUAUGCACCUCACUGAUAAAACUGUAUAUUUUAUGUAAAUUGGGGCUCUAAUAUAAUAAGAUAUUUAUAUUAAAAGGAAGUUUUUUUUAGUAAUUUAUAUUGUAUUUUGUUGUAUAUAACAUUAUAUAUGAUGCUGGUUAUAUUCUGUUAAAUAUUUUGUAUUAACAUUACUUAAAAACGUUUUUCUUUCAAAGAAAAUUGAAGAGAUUACUGUUGAAAUUUACAUAGCUGAGAUUUUGAUAAUUAUUAUCUUUUUAAUGACAAUCCGUCAUUUAAUAAAUAAAACUUCAUAUUACUCUUGUCACAGAUUUUCAACGAUCUGAUAGACAAGAUAGUCAAGUGAAUUUUAUAUGUGUGAAAGGAAAUAUAGUAUUUUAGAUUCUAUAAUAUAUGACUAAGUGUAUCAAGAUAGGCCUUCAAAGACAAAUCAUUAAAAUUAUAUAAAUAUCCAUGGACAUAUUAUCUUUCUUGCAUUUCUUAGAGUCUGGUGUCAAUGAGAAGUGCAGAAUCUAGGCUCCUAAUAGAAGAAUAUUUUGUCCACAUUAAAUGUUUAGAUGUUUUGAAUUUUAAAUGUGACAUCUAGAUGUGAUGUGAUUGUCUAAUGGAAGAUUUAUCCAUUGUAUUUCAUAUUCUGGAUAGUAUUUAAUUACCUCAAAAUGCUUGGAUGCUAAUUAAUUGUGUAAUCCAUUAUGCCAUGAAAAACCAUUUUUUUAAAAUCCUGAAAUUCAAUGAUAAUUUAGAGAAAAGACAUUAACAUUUUUCCAUAUUAUUAAAAGUAAAUACUUUGUGUGAACAACUUAUGCAGUAGAGAAUAAUCUGUAAAUGGUGUCUUAGUAUUGUUAAUUUCUGUGUGGAACGUAGUGCUGAUAAUCAUGAUUAACAAUUAAAUACCAAAAGUCAUUUUAUUCACACAAAUUUUUAUAAUAAUUAUACUUAUAUUUUAGAAUAGUAACUUGGUUAAAAAAAUAAUUUUGAAAAAAUUUGAAAUAAAAUGCUGUUAAAUAAGAAAUUUCCCUUGUCUUUGUUAGUUUGAAAGUGAAUUGUAUUGGCAGUAUAUAUAUUGAUGGGUUUCCAAUCUAAUAAGAUAUCAAAUUUAAAGUGCAUUCUUCAAAUAUUUUUGAUGAAAAGCUGGAAAUAAUUUGAAUUGCUUGGUCUUUUUUCAUCUAAUACUGUUAUCUGUUUUGCUGUAUGUCCAAGUAUUGAAUGUAAUUGUUUAAAAUAGUUACAAAAUAAUUUGAAGAAGUUUUAAUAAAUAUAAAUAAGUUUACGGUAUAACAAAUUUCAAAUAGAUGUAUAGCAUACUAUUCUUCUGUAUAUUCAAAUAGGGCUUAUGCAUUGCAUGCAACAUUAAGAAAUAAUUUCAUGAAUUUUUAUUUUUGACUUUCCUUUCAUAUUUCUAUUAUAAUAAAAUUAAUAGCAAAUUUCUUGUAAUUAUUUUAGUACUAAUAAUAAUUUGGAAGAGUUUUUGUGGGCGAGAUAUUUAGAAAUCCUAGUGUGUGAUAUAACAAAUUUUUACAAAUUAUUUGUUUUUUCUUAAUGAAGAUACUGUGAUUGAAUUUGACACUCAUUUUAUAAGAUUGUUGCAAUCUAUGGCUUUUGCUUUUUUUAUAAUUAAAUUUUUAUAUAAGUGUUUUCGUCACAAAAAAUCUCUGCUAAAGAUUCAUUCCAAUUAUUGGAACUUGACAUGUGAUAAUUAUCUUUUUUAAUUCCUGUUUUUAUUUCUGUCUUAAUUUUAUGGCUUUUUUUUUUUUUGCCAAGCCCUCUAUGGUAAUAAAUAUAUAUAUUUUUUAUUUAUCUUAGUACUUAAAAUAGUCAUGCAAUACUUAAAUUAUAACAGGAAAAAAAAAAAAUGCAAAUAUCUGUAUUUGCAUAUUUAAUGUAUAUAUGUUGCUUCUGCUUAGUUUCUUUUGCAAAACAGCUCAUUUAAGUGAUGGAUUUGGCAGAAAUUUAUUUAAGAAUUUUAUUCUCUUAGAAUAAGGUGAAAUGACGAGACUGAUUAUAGAUAUCUAUAUUAUUAUUUUUGUUUGAAAAUUUUUUAUUGUGUGUGAGUGGAUGCCAUGUGUGGGUUUGCUGUACAAAAUUAUUUCAUUGUGUUUUAGAUAAUAUUUGAGAUUUAGCUAUUAUCUUUCAAGCACAAAACUUUCUAAUUUUUUAUUAAAAAUUUCAAUGCAACUUCAAGACUUUUUUUUUUACAUUUUAUCUCUCUCUUUUCAUGUUGUACAUUACUGAAUAUGUAGUAAUGAUUCUUAUAAAAAAAUUUUUAAAUUGUUGGGGAAAGAUAAUCUUUUUUCAUUCGUUAUAUCUGGAAUUGGAUCUUUUUCAUUUAGAGAUAUGGUGAACUUGAAAAGGCAUUAAUUUUUUUUUGAUUAAAUAAUUUGUUUUAAAUUGUGCAAAUCAUUUUAGAAAAUACUCAUUUGUUUUAAAUCCUAAUUUAUUAUUUUUUUUAGUUAUUUUAUUGUUGUUAUGUUCUUGAAAAUUAUAUUUGGAAUUUCUUGCAAUAAGUGAAAUAUAGGGAUUCUUAAACUUUUUUUCUUUUUCAGUAUGUUUUCAAGUUGAUAGAAGUUUUGCAACUCAAAUGUUAGAAUGAAGCAUUAAUAAAGAUUAUGAAUGGGAAAUAUAAUUUUAAGUAUUAUUUAAUAAUUUUUACAGGCAAGGGGUUUUAUUCAACUGUUGAAGAAUCUAAAAUCAGACUGUUGACUUUCAUGAAUAUUGAACCACAGUUUAAGAAGCCCUAUAAUAAUCUGUGUGUUGAUUUAUUAAAAUGCUUGUGUUUAUUAAAUAUAAAUUCCAUAUUUCUUUUUUUUUCUUAUUUAUUAACAACACUAAAAAUCAUAUAUAUAUAUAUAUUAUUUUAUAUAAAAAUAAUUGAAUUGAUAAAAAAAAAUUUUGGAUUUUAAUUUUUACCAUUCUGGCAAGGAACUUUUAACAGUUAACUCAUUUAAAAAUAUUUAUAUAUGUUGUGCAAUAAUAAAUUUUAUUUAUUGAUGACUUCCCCCCCCCCCCCUUUAAACAUUAGUAUUGGAGAAAAUUAAUAUGUAUCAUGUCUUAUUCUGUGAAGAGGGAAAAAUUCAUAAGUAUACCAAAUUGUUUUUUGCUUCUGGAUUUGAAUUUUAAUUCUCAUAAUAUACUUUAAUAUUUCUAAAUUUAUCACAAAUCUCUUUUUUUUAAUCCGUUAAAAAUCAACUAUUUCAUGAGAGUUUUUUUUUUUAUAUAUAUAUAUUGUCAAUUUUUUCUUUUAAAGCAUGUUCUUUGGUAUUUACAUAUUUCCAUGCAAUUUUUAUAAAAAAAAUUUCUAGCAAGUUUUGCUGUCAUUUUGAUAUGCCUGUUUUAAAAAUUCAGAAUGCUGUGUGCAUUUUUGUAUUGAUUAACAAACAAUAGUUACAUUUCAGGCUCUUUAUAAUAAAUAUUGUAAUGUUUUCUCGCUGUUUUUAAACUUUGUGUGCUUGUUUUGU